AUGCAUAAUACUUUUAAAAGCGCUUGCAGAGUUAGCGCGUGGAGAGGUUAAAUUUCUGCCCACAGGUAACAACAGCUUAGUAAAGAGCUGACUACCCAGAAUAUAAGCAGAAUAUAAUAAGUUAGUGCGUGGAGAGGUUUUAAAAUAUUCUGCCCACUCUUCCUCGUUGCACUCCUUUGUCAGCUUAAUAUGAAAUAAUUUAUCAGAAUUAAAUGUCUCCGUUCAUUAAUCCAGGCUUCUUUUGUUACAUGAGCAGGAAAUGAUCCUUGCAUCGAUGGAAAUUACAAAGAUCUAAACAAUGGCGAUCGGAAAGUGAGUUAUAUCUCGUCCAGUGAUGACAAAUGUGACAAAAAUGACCUAGCCAAUGAGUGGGAUUACUGGUACAAAGUGUCAGGAAACGCCGGCAAUGCGUUAGCAGCUGUAACAGUCCCGGAUGAAUACGCCUGUGGGACAGAGACGCAACUUUAUCUCCAAGGAAAUCAUCCUAACCCACGCUAG